UACAACUCCUGGGCGCUCGGCGCGGCGGGCGCGGGAGGCGGCGGGGCCGGGAGGGGAUUCCCGAGCCAGCGGGCGCUCGCUCCCCGCCCGCCGCUGCAGCGUGGUGCGGCCAAGGUCAGGGGCGCCGCAGGAAUCGGAGCUGGCGAGACGAGUCGGGGACGCGGGUCAGUACCGGCCUGCGAAGAGGCAGCUCCGGGAGCGGCGGCCGGGGAGCGGGACGGCGACGACCUCCGGGCCCGAGGACGCCGAGGCGGCCGCGGGAGCGCAGCAGCCUGGCUGGCCGUGCGCACCGGGAGUCGGCGCUGACUCCUUCUCCUCCCGCUCGCGGGCGCUGUCCGCCGUCUGGUGGUGCUGAACCAGUCCUGGCCCAGCCGCUCGCGCUUCUGCCAAGAGCUGGGUAGGGGCGGGGCGCUCGGAGAAGACUCCGGGCAACGACGAUGCGGAGCCCAGCUCAGUAGCCUCGCUGGCUGACAGCAGCGGGACACUGAUCCUGCACGGAGGGGAGGCACGAGGUAUCCGGACGGCGCCGCUGCUGCUGAUUCAUCACCCGGACAACCUCAGAGGCCACCUCGAGGGCUACCCGCCACCUUCAGACGGCCGCCUCUGGUGCGGGAGCCUCGCCUGCAGGAGGUGAGGACCCCUCCCUUCUCUGGCGACCAAGCUUCUUAGGGCGGUGGCCUGAGGACAGAGAGGGGCGUGCCCCCCGCGGGUGAAGACAGCAUGCCCGUGUAAUGCCCCCGCCUCCCGUCUCAGCAGCGCUGACCUCGCCCGCCCGGCUGCGCUUGUCUUCGGAGCCUGACCAUUCUUCGCUGGUCCGGAGCGGCUCGGGCCGCGGGCGCGGCGAUGGAGGAGGAGCUGAAAUGCCCUGUGUGCGGUUCCCUGUUCCGGGAGCCCAUCAUCUUGCCCUGCUCGCACAAUGUCUGCCUGCCAUGCGCCCGCACCAUCGCGGUUCAGACCCCGGACGGCGAGCAGCACCUGCCCCCACCGCUCCUGCUUUCGCGGGGUGCCGCCGCCGCCGCCGCGCCCCCUCCGGAUCAGGACGCUGCGGCCGGCGCGACCUGCGGAGGCGCUGGAGCUAGCACAGCUGGAGGCCUGGGCGGCGGGGCGGCCGGAGGCGGAGACCACGCGGACAAGCUGAGCUUGUACAGCGAGACUGACAGCGGUUACGGCUCCUACACCCCCAGCCUCAAGUCCCCCAACGGAGUCCGCGUGCUGCCCAUGGUGCCUGCGCCCCCGGGCUCUUCUGCCGCCGCGGCCCGGGGCGCUGCCUGCUCCUCACUCUGCUCGUCCUCCAGCUCCAUCACCUGCCCGCAGUGCCACCGCAGCGCCUCCCUGGAUCACCGCGGCCUGCGAGGCUUCCAGCGCAACCGGCUGCUGGAGGGCAUAGUGCAGCGGUACCAGCAGAGCCGUGGGGUUGCUGCGGGGGCGUCUGCAGCCCCAGCGGUGGCCAUCUGCCAGCUGUGCGACCGCACCCCACCGGAGCCGGCAGCCACUCUUUGCGAGCAAUGCGACGUGCUCUAUUGCGCCACCUGCCAGCUCAAAUGCCACCCGUCCCGGGGCCCUUUCGCUAAGCAUCGGCUAGUUCAGCCCCCGCCGCCGCCCGCGCCCCCAGAGGCUACCCCUGCUUCAGCCGGCACAUCCACCGCCCCCAGCGCAGGAGGAUGCAGGAGCCCAGGGGGUGCCGGAGCCAGCGCGCCACGAAAGUUCCCCACAUGCCCCGAGCACGAAAUGGAGAACUACAGCAUGUACUGCGUGAGCUGUCGGAGCCCGGUGUGCUACCUGUGCCUGGAGGAAGGCAGACACGGCAAACACGAGGUGAAGCCGCUCGGGGCAACGUGGAAGCAGCACAAGGCCCAGCUGUCUCAGGCCCUAAAUGGGGUUUCAGAUAAGGCCAAAGAGGCGAAGGAGUUUCUGGUUCAGCUCAAGAACAUACUGCAGCAGAUCCAGGAAAAUGGAUUGGACUAUGAAGCUUGCCUGGUGGCACAGUGUGAUGCCCUGGUGGACGCACUGACCCGGCAGAAAGCCAAGUUGCUCACCAAGGUGACCAAAGAGAGGGAGCACAAGCUGAAGAUGGUUUGGGACCAGAUCAAUCACUGCACGCUGAAGCUGCGUCAGUCCACAGGCCUGAUGGAAUACUGCCUGGAGGUGAUCAAGGAGGAUGACCCCUCUGGCUUCCUGCAGAUCUCAGAUGCCCUGAUCAAGCGCGUGCAGGUGUCUCAGGAGCAGUGGGUCAAAGGGGCCCUGGAGCCCAAAGUGUCUGCGGAAUUUGACCUGACUCUGGACAGCGAGCCGCUGCUGCAAGCCAUCCACCAGCUGGAUUUCGUCCAGAUGAAAUUACCACCUGUACCCUUGCUGCAGCUGGAGAAGUGCUGCACCCGCAAUAACAGUGUCACCCUGGCCUGGAGGACACCACCCUUCACCCACAGCCCCGCUGACGGCUACAUCCUGGAGCUGGACGAUGGUGAUGGGGGGCAGUUCCGGGAAGUGUAUGUUGGCAAGGAGACCCUGUGCACCAUCGACGGGCUUCACUUUAACAGCACAUACAAUGCCAGAGUCAAAGCCUUCAACUCCUCUGGCGUCGGGCCCUACAGCAAGACUGUGGUCCUGCAGACAUCCGAUGUGGCCUGGUUCACUUUUGACCCCAACUCUGGCCACCGGGACAUCAUCUUGUCCAAUGACAACCAGACGGCCACCUGCAGCAGCUAUGAUGACCGGGUGGUGCUAGGCACAGCUGCAUUCUCCAAAGGUGUGCACUACUGGGAGCUACAUGUGGACCGGUAUGACAACCACCCAGACCCUGCCUUCGGGGUGGCCAGGGCCAGCGUAGUCAAGGACAUGAUGCUGGGCAAGGACGACAAGGCCUGGGCCAUGUACGUGGACAACAACCGCAGCUGGUUUAUGCACUGUAACUCCCACACCAACAGGACUGAAGGCGGUGUGUGCAAGGGGGCCACUGUGGGCGUGCUGCUGGACCUGAACAAGCACACACUGACGUUCUUCAUCAAUGGGCAGCAACAGGGCCCCACAGCCUUCAGCCAUGUGGAUGGGGUCUUCAUGCCUGCUCUCAGCCUCAACCGAAAUGUGCAGGUCACCCUGCACACAGGACUGGAGGUGCCAACAAAUCUAGGACGGCCAAAGCUGUCCGGCAACUAGCCUGGUGGCCCCUGCGGCUGCCUGUCUGCCUGGUUGUGGUGGCGGCCCUCAGAGGACAAGGGCACAGCAGGACGUCCUGGGCCCCAGCAGCCAGUCCAUGUCUGAAGAUGCUCUUUUGGGGGAAAUGGAAAAUGAAUGGGCGGUGAGCCACAUGGCCAUACUGUGGCUGCCGCGGUCAGGAGUGGCCUUUCACCUCUACGCCACAGAGCUUAGGGUUCCCAGUGCUCCGGAAGGCUUUGGUUUCAGGCUUCUGUUUUCUGACACCUUUUGAAAAGUUUGAUUUCCCCUUAAAUUUUUUUUUCCUGGAGGGAGAGUGGAAGGCUAACUUGGAGACUGGUAUCCCAAGACCAGUCAGCGCUGUGACGUCACUCCAUGCCUGCUUGUAACCCGUUGCUAGGACCCUGCUCCUUCUGGAGUCCCAAGCUGGCAACUUGUCACCUCUGCUGGAAGAAGCUGACCUUGAGCCUUUGGGAUCUGUAGUCUUCAAUACACUGCAAACAAAUUCAGGACUAAUGGAACAUUAAUCAUUAAUGAACUACUAGAACCUUCAGAAGGGCUUCCUUACCGCCUUUAUUAUUAACCAUGUGCUAUCAAUACCCCCCCACACACACACACACAUACACAGUGUGUGUGUGUAACAAUCAGGUGUUUUUUGUUUAUUUUUUUGU